UAGAAUCUUGUACCCCUGCCAGGGACUGGUACAGGGUUUGGAGCAGGGACAUGGAUUUGAAGACAUUAAAACUGUUUAAUUCUCAGUUGAGAUGUGGUUGGCUUUUAUACAUUUGGAAUAGAGCAUUUAUGGCACAUCUCCGGGUUCCUCAGGAUGACUGGACAGGGUACACCCCUCGAGGUAAAGACGACGAAAUUCCAUGCCGGAGAAUGCGGAGUGGCAGCUACAUCAAGGCCAUGGGAGAUGAAGACAGUGGUGACUCCGACACGAGUCCCAAGCCUUCUCCCAAAGUGGCUGCACGAAGAGAAAGCUAUCUCAAGGCUACUCAGCCAUCCCUUACAGAACUCACCACACUCAAGAUUUCCAAUGAACACUCCCCCAAACUCCAGAUCCGGAGUCACAGUUACCUGAGGGCAGUAAGUGAAGUCUCCAUCAACCGAAGCCUGGACAGUCUUGACCCUGCCGGCUUGCUCACAUCACCAAAGUUCCGCUCUAGGAAUGAGAGCUACAUGAGAGCCAUGAGCACCAUCAGCCAGGUGAGCGAGAUGGAAGUGAACGGGCAGUUUGAGUCUGUGUGCGAAUCGGUGUUCAGCGAGCUGGAGUCGCAGGCGGUGGAGGCGCUGGACCUGCCCAUGCCCGGCUGUUUCCGCAUGCGGAGCCACAGCUACGUGCGGGCCAUUGAGAAGGGCUGCUCCCAGGACGACGAGUGUGUGUCCCUGAGGUCCUCCUCCCCACCGCGCACCACCACCACCGUGAGGACCAUUCAGAGCAGCACCGGUGUCAUAAAACUGAGUUCUGCAGUUGAAGUGUCAUCUUGCAUUACAACAUAUAAGAAGACACCACCUCCAGUCCCACCCAGAACUACCACGAAACCUUUCAUUUCUAUCACAGCCCAGAGUAGCACAGAGUCUGCCCAGGAUGCCUACAUGGAUGGACAGGGCCAGCGAGGAGAUAUUAUCAGCCAGUCUGGACUGAGCAACUCCACGGAGAGCCUGGACAGUAUGAAGGCUCUGACAGCCGCCAUCGAAGCUGCAAAUGCCCAGAUCCACGGCCCUGCAAGUCAACACAUGAGCAACAACCCUGCCGCUGUCACUACCACGACCACCAUAGCCACUGUCACUACAGAGGACAGGAAGAAGGAUCACUUUAAGAAAAAUCGAUGUCUUUCUAUUGGGAUACAGGUGGAUGAUGCUGAAGAGCCUGACAAAACAGGGGAAAAUAAAGCACCCAGUAAGUUCCAGUCCGUAGGAGUGCAAGUAGAAGAAGAGAAGUGCUUCCGCAGGUUCACUCGAUCCAACAGUGUGACGACAGCUGUACAGGCCGACCUGGACUUCCACGAUAAUCUGGAAAACUCUCUGGAGUCUAUAGAGGACAAUUCGUGCCCUGGCCCAAUGGCCAGACAGUUCUCCCGGGACGCCAGCACCUCCACGGUCAGCAUUCAGGGCUCAGGAAACCACUACCACGCCUGCGCUGCCGACGACGACUUUGAUGCGGAUUUUGACCCUUCGAUUCUGCCUCCCCCGGAUCCCUGGAUUGACUCGAUCACUGAAGACCCCCUGGAGGCCGUCCAAAGGUCAGUGUGCCACCGGGAUGGCCACUGGUUUCUGAAGCUUCUCCAGGCAGAGCGGGACCGCAUGGAAGGGUGGUGCCAGCAGAUGGAGAGAGAAGAGCGGGAAAACAACCUGCCGGAAGACAUUCUAGGGAAAAUCCGAACCGCAGUGGGCAGUGCCCAACUUCUCAUGGCCCAGAAAUUCUACCAGUUCAGAGAACUGUGUGAAGAAAACCUGAAUCCCAAUGCUCAUCCAAGGCCCACCUCCCAGGAUUUGGCGGGGUUCUGGGACAUGCUGCAGUUGUCCAUAGAAAAUAUUAGUAUGAAAUUUGAUGAACUUCAUCAGUUAAAGGCCAAUAAUUGGAAACAGAUGGAUCCUCUUGACAAGAAGGAGAGAAGGGCCCCUCCUCCAGUGCCAAAGAAGCCGGCGAAGGGCCCCGCGCCGCUGAUCCGGGAGCGCUCGCUGGAGAGCUCGCAGCGCCAGGAGGCCCGCAAGCGCCUGAUGGCCGCCAAGCGCGCCGCGUCGGUCCGCCAGAACUCGGCCACCGAGAGCGCCGAGAGCAUCGAGAUCUACAUCCCCGAGGCGCAGACCCGGCUCUGAGCGCCCGGCCCCACCGCGCGCCCCGCCGCGCCGCCUCCGCGCUCGGUCCUCCCUCCGCCCCCCUGCCCGCCCUCCGAGCCUGUCCGUUCCGGAGCUCAGUGACUUCCACUGUCGCGGUGUAGUUGUCGGUCUUGCAGGAGCCGUCCCCCAGUAUCCCCCCGCCGCCCGGACCGGUUUGCCCAUGUUCUUCUCUUCUCCACCGAGCUUCGCCACCCGUACUGACGCGUCACCCUGCCUCAUCCGGAGAGCCGGCCCUUUCUUUUCUUGGCAGAACCAAACCCACCUGUGUAGAAAUGGCCCCUUUAGGUCGCCCACCAGCCUCAGUUCUCCCAAGCUAGUCUGUCCCUAGAGCUCAGCAAUAUAAAAUCAUAGGGUAUUUCAGAAAUCCAGUAUCACAGGGUGAUCCUUUGGGACUUAACCGUCUUCCACGUGAAAGAAACUAGGGCUCCGAUUCCCUUUAUUUCCCCUAAACGGUUAUUAUUUUGUAAAGCAGAUGGAGCACUUUAUUUCCAAGCUCAGAAAUCACGCCAUCUCACCGGAAUCGAUGAGUGACAAUCCAAGAGGGGACCAAGUUGGGCCGGGGGUGGGGGACCUGGAUGAGUAGUGGGGAAGGGAGAAGCAAAAUCAGCAGGUGCUGGGGGUACCUGCUUCACUCACAGCUGCACAAACUGCCUCACUGUUACUCCAUCAAUCACUGCUUCAAAUGUUUCAAUCAGCAGAAGAUUGUAAAUUCGAUCUUUCAGGGAAAUUAAUCUAUUCUGAAAGGCAAUAAAAUGAAGAAAGGCAAGGAAGCACUGAUAGUUUCAGAUAUACUACGUAAGGGGGAUUUUCUUUUUGUCCUAUUAUUAAGAAAAUUUAGACCUGAAGUGUUUUAUCAACUUUUAUUGUACUAUGUGUAUUAUACUGUUAUUGUGGUGGGGGUCUUUAAAGGGGAAAGUGUUGGUCCUCUUAAUUUGUUAGUGUCCAUCCUGGGGGGGCCUACCUAAUUACACAUAUAUUAAGUAUACAUUUGCUUAAGAAGUCCUGUAAAUGGCAGCUAGGGUGUUUUCAGAGAGAAGUUUGGAUUUUCCCAUCAUCCCUUUGAAUGCUAUACAUCCAUCUGUUGUAACCCAGUAGUUUGUAAUGCCAGACAUAUUUUCUCCUUUGGUCUUCUUCUCUCACUACUAUCCAGAGCCCUAUCACACCCCAGCAUAAGGAUUGUGUCCUAUGUCAAACAGAUAAAAUCAAUUUCCUAUCCAAGUAGAUACGCAGCCUCAUUCCAAAGAGCUGCCCCUCAUCUUGAGGUCCCAGGUAGUGAGAGAAGAAAUUUGGCCUAAAAUGUUCAGCAACCACCAGGAAGGGGGGAAAAGUCAUGAUCCACAAGCACUGAAAGAAACCCAGGCAUUUGGCGGAGAAUGUGGAUUUACGCUUUUAGUCAUGACGGAUGGGCAGUGUGCACUUUGCAUCUAGCUGAAGUUAUCUUUAAAUGCCCUUACUCGUAGCAGUUUAAACAUUUAGGAUGUGGUGAUCUUAAAGUAUCACUGGCAUUUUAUGCCCAGCUCCCACCCCAAAGCAUUAUAAAUUAUCAUUGAAAACUGACAGACUAAAAACACACAUCUAAUAAGCUUGCACCAGAGCUCUUUUAAAAAAUACACUCUCGUAGCCAGGUGCUAAUUUAAUUUUAUUUAUGAAAUUAAGAGAGGUGAUGGGUUCUGGCAACAACUAUUUUCACGGACAUAUUCUAAAACCACUAGGGAAUUCGCUACCUCAGAGCCAUUGAUGCUUUGAGCUAUCUUUAUAAACAGGGCACAAAUGUUUACUGCUGUGGUUUACAAGAAAAGGGCUACUAACUUAUUUAAAAACCAACCCACCAACUUUUAACUGGAGUGAACAAAGCACCUCGAGUGCUUUACACAAUUGGAGCUUACAGAGAUUUUGAACUUCAAGUGUCCGCUUGUGUUAAAAAGAAUAUACCUUUGCUUUGCUUUGUAGCAGCAAUGGAAGGUCACACAAAGUUUGCAUCAAGUAAGGCCAACUGCCGCCUUGGGUAGCCUAUAAUCACAUUCAAUCCCGAAAAUGACUUGGCACUCAUAGAUUAAUGCGAAGGAAGCGACAUCCACUGGAAGACCCAUGUUCCCAACUACAGCUCCAUGCCCUGAAGUAGAGAUGAGAUUGGGAUUAAGAAAUAGAUUUCUAAUAUGAUUCAAGAUCAUCCUACAGUAUUUUCUUUGGAAACUGGUUUAGCCCAGGAUAUUUUAAAGAGAGACAAGAGAAGGCCUAUUUAUCUUGUCUAUGUGAAUGGUAUUUGUAUAUUCAUAAGCUAUUUUUGGUAAGAAUUUUAAAUCUUUUAGCCGAAUGCCUACAGGCAUCAUGACCUUUGCCUUCCUUAAAAACACAAAUUGUACAAACACUUUAUAAAAAGCUAAUUAUUGAUCUUAAAACAUGACCCCACAUAAAGCUGCUUGUUAACCACUUGCCCCCUUAAGCUGACAUCCAUGAGCAUAACCUUUGUUACAUUGUUCUUUUUGAUGUAUUUGUAGAAAUGUUUUUUAGUUCAUAAUGGAAAAUGUAUGUACCCUGAAAAAUUACUUAUUUUGUUUAACUUUGGUAUAAAGCUGUUUGGGCAUUUUCUUGGGGAGGGGGGUAUUACAAAAGAAGUUUGUCUCCCACAUCAAAAAACGUUCAAAGAAAUUAAGUAUUUAUUAUAUUUUUUGCAGAUGUUUCCAUACAAUUCACAUAACCUUUUUGUAAAGAGAGAUGAAGAAAUGGAUUAAAGAUUUUUAAUAUUUGAAAUGGUAAAUAGAACUAAUUUAUUUGUAAUAUAUUUCUGUUAUUUAUAGAUGUUUCCUUAAUGUUUUACUGUGCAUUACCACUUUAAUUUGAGCCUGAUCCUUGUGAAUUUACCAUUUCUUUUUUAAAACAUGUCUAGAUGCAUAUUUUAAAUAACUGGAAUGUAAAUCACUAGCAUAUCUGAAUUCCCGAUGUAAUUUUUAAAAAUUAUUUUGGUUUGGGAAAAAAAAAAGAUUCAUUUGAAAGCCUUCAGAUGGAGGGGUGGGGAACAUUUUUAUGGCUUUAUGAAGUGGAAUUUCAUAGGCUUAUUUACCUAGAUUGUGUGUGGACAAAAAAAAAAAUUGUAAAUAGAUGAAUGUUUCCCAUAAUGUAAAAAGAAGAAAUUAAUAAAAUAAUAAUGCACUGCU